AUGGGUGAAAAUAAGUCGGAUUCCUCUGCCAGUUUGCGUGUCUCUUCUUUUGACGACGGUUCCAGCGUUGCUAUCGGAAACUUUUUCAAUGGACUGAGUAUACCUUCGGACACUGAAUUUGAAUUGUAUCAAACUAAAUCGAAAAAACACCCACAGUACCUUAUACAUGGUGAGAAUGAAAGACUAUUGUACGACGGCCAAACAGACCCUGAGGAUAACAGUAACUACUGCAUAGCCAUCUAUGAUCCUGAUUCAGCAUCUGUAGAGCUAUACAAGGCUCCCCUAAUCGUGUCACAAGUUAGCUCCAAGUUAAAGAGAAAAUCAUCAGGUCCAGCCGUUAAACAAGCAGGCAUUCAUGCCAGAUUACAAAGAAAUGCUUUGGGUCAGGCAUUUGGUACUAAAAAAGCCAAGAAGGCCAUCACGAGCAAUGAGAUCAAUAAAGUGGAUGCUUCCAAAUUGGAAGGUUCAGCUCUUGACAUUGUUGAUUCGAUAAAGAGUACCACUGAACAACUUCCUUCACGGGAAGAGUUGGAAACCAAAUUGGACGAAUUUAGACCCGUACCUCCUUAUAAUUUGGAUGCCACGCAUGUGGAAGAUAUUUAUCCAUUAGAGGGUAUAAUAUCAAGUCUCGAAUGGAAAUAUUUACGUGUGGAUGCAAUUCUCGCAGAAACAGACUGGAAGAAGAGAUUGGAACUGUUUCCCUUCCAGGACUCGCAUUACAUUCGUUCACAUUUGGAGAAACUUAGUCUUGAUAAGAACACACAGAAGAAGACAAUCCAGUUGCUCUACUAUCUAUCAGUAUUGCUUGGUACUUACCGAAACAGGAGAUUACAUCAAAAACAAGCCCUCAUGGAAGCAUUACAAGAUCCACCAGAAUCUUUAAUUAACGGCGUACUAAAGCGGUUUACAGUUGUAAAAGCAGGACUCUUUGGUCGACGCAAAGACCAAUCAUUUUUGGUUGACCCUCAGAACGAGGACAAAUUGCUGGGAUACAUUUUGGCCCUCAUUUUGCACAUCGAUUCAUUUAUGAUCGAAAUACCCCCGCUAUCGCAAGAGCUGUCCUUAAAAUCAUCGAAACUCUCCAACCUGUUGAGAGUCUUGGGUUGCACCAUCAAGCCAGUCACGGCUGCUGAAGCUGAGGUCCUGGGAGUAAAAAGAUCUGAAAUGAAGACUCACAAGGUUGCUGUGCUGAGAGUACCUUUUAAGCUUCCCGAAAUCACAAGAAGAAAGAGAAGAAACUAG